AAAACGCAAUUACUUUUUGGCCAACCCAAUACAUUUUGCGAUAUUGAUGGAACAUUGCAAUGUUGAUAUGCAACAUUUCUGAGAUGUUGAUUUAACGUUUGUGUGCUGUAUGGGCAAUCGCUUUAUUCCACUUAUUAGUCGCAUUUGUUACACCUUCUGCACUUAAAAUUAAAGUAGCAUCUUUUAAACAGAGAAAGAAAGGCAGAUACGCGGGAACAGUAUUAAAAAUAUGGAAAAUGUGAUCAGAGAGAGAGGCCUCGUAUUAGCCGUAACAGUAACGUUUAUUUAAACACUUGCGGAAUCGAUACCGAAUGCCGCGAAGUGCGCGAUACAUUCGCGGAGGUUCGAACGAUUCCACCUUGGCGGCGUGGCGGGCGACAGACGGGGGAGGGGACUAUAUUCGCGGUCGCGCGUAGUGACGCUGCGGCCAGUGCGUUCCGCGGUCGGCCGGGCCGCGACUCUCGGAGUAGAUUGUUCGUGCGCGGAUCGCGAAUCGAACGGUGCGCCAGAUCGCGGUUGGACGUCCGCGCGAUCGUACCGUCGGCAGGCAGCGCGACGCGAACGUCGUCGUGAAUGCGUUCGCUCGCUCGUCGUAAGCGCGUCGUCACGGUAUCGCACGUCAUCACGGAUGGCCCGUCGUGGGUGCGCGAGUUCCCGUCCGCGGGACUAGAGAAUCGGCCGUCGCACUCUCGCGGUGACAUUCGGAGCGAAUGAACGAGCGCACGUACGCAUCGAGAUACGUUCGCCCAUCGGUGUCACAUCAUCGAGACGCAUUGUCAGAUCGAUGCUCGUGAGUCCUACUCAUUCCCUCCCCCUCGCGCCCGCGCGGCAAAUCGGGACACCGGUGUCUCUGAAGUGCACCGCGAUCGAGAUCUCGCGCUCGCCCGCUCGGUCAGCGACGCGAACGUAGGCGCACGUGCGCGUGCAUCGGGGUUUCGCGGGGAAUCCCCGAUGACAACGGCAACGUUGGUCGCGGGGUUUCGCGACACUGGCGGCGUGGCACGGGCGGGAUUCGGAGCGACGGCGUGAAUCCACGUGCUUCGGGAGUGUCCGGGAGCGGCGGAGCGGAGAGGCGAGGUCGCCGCCGCCGCCGCGCGCCGAUCGAACGGGGAGGUUACGUACGGGAACGCGGGGCAGUGUGCGAGUCGCUCGCAUCGGAGUGGGGCGAGGAGGGGUCGCGAGUUCGGCCGGAUCGCGCCGGACUGACAGUCGACGGUGAGUGUGUCGCGCGCGCGGGUGUGUGCUGUGCGGCCUGCCGCCGCGUCCGCUCGUUCGCUCGCUCGGUUUUGCGGGUGCUGCGGAAUCCGCGCCCGACGAGCGAGAUUCCGCUCGCUCGCUCGCGGCGAUCGACGGCGUCCCGGUGCGGCGUCGGGAUCGAUCGCGACCGAUGAACCGGAGCAUCGUCGCUUCCGCUCACUUCCGCAAGCGAAGAUCAGGAUCGAGGGGAACGGAGAUCACGGUGACUGCCGAGCGGGUUUUCCUAACCCUGCGGAAGUAACGCGUGCUCCCGCAGCGAGCGGUGCGCUCGUAUACCGCUUUGCCGUACCGUCACCGCUCGGCUCGAGCGCCGGCGUGCGCUCCGAAAUUGACGCGGGUGACAUUUCCGCGCCUCGAUCGAUCGGAUUCGCGCGGGGGUCGGUGCGCGAUCGUAUCGCCGUACGGAGACUGAGUGAACCGGGCAGUGACAGACGCGAAAGAGCGACACUCGAGUGAACGAGCGGAGGUAGAUUUCCACUUCCUGGAAGCGACGGAUCACCGACUACGCGCGCUCGCUGCCACGGGCGGAAGCGGAGAAACGCCGGAGGAAAGCGAGGCAGGCAGGAAGGAAGGCCGACGGGGAGGGCAGGCAGGCAGGAAGAGGAAGGAAAGAAGAAGGCGAUGCUGCGCUUCGACUGCGAUCGCGGUUAAUUCGCACGUGUCGCGAUGUCGGGUGGCACGGCGGGCGGCGUCCGCGGCACCGGCGCCGAGUGCAGGAAGUUCGCGCCGAACAUAUUCAACAAGAGCAAGUGCAGCAGCUGCUUCAAGCAGAAGGAGGAGCACAGCGCGGAGGCUCUGGAAUGCAACAGGGCUACGAGGAAGAUCUCCAAAUGCGGAUACCUGUUCGUCGCGCCUGGAUGGGACUUUUCGAACCCCCUGAACCGGACGAAGAGAUGGCAGAGGAGGUGGUUCGUCCUUUACGACGACGGGGAGCUGACCUACUCGGUGGACGAACACCCCGAGACGGUGCCUCAGGCGAGGAUCGACAUGACCCGCGUCCUGGAGGUGGCUGCCGCCGAGGACGUCACCGGACACCCUUACAGCCUCGCGGUAACCUCGCCCGAGGGUGCGACCUUCGUCAAGGGGACGUGUCGCGAAGAGACCAGAUGGUGGACGGACGUUCUCCAGGUGUACUCGCGAAAUAAGGGUCGGCACAAGCGAAACGCAACCUUUCCCGGCGGGCAGACGACGAUCCUGCAGGUUACACCGACAAUUCGAAGCAACACGCCGAAUCCGCCGCGGCCGCGCUUCAACAGCUGUCGAUCCGAGCCGCGCAGCAGCGCGUGGAUCCCGGAAGCUGGCGGCGCGUCUGAUCUGUGCUCUUCCGUCUUCUCGUCAACGUCGUCGCUGGUGACGACGAGCAGCGUCGCCACUGCCAGCAACAACGUGCUGACCAAUGGCAAUGCCGAAAGCACGUCUGAAGUCAAUCUGUCGAGGAGCAAUCUGUCAUCCCUUCGACCUGGGGCACCUCUGGAGAACGGCUCCGCCGGGAACUAUCUGGGUACCACGACGUCAUCGACGACGUCGCUGAAUGGUAAUGUCUGCGGCACGACCGUCUACUCGACGGCUCCUACGGCCGUUGCGACAUUGACGACGACGACGACGACAACCAGCAGCAUCGUUUCGUUAAUCGACAAGCCGCCGAUGAUCCCGAACGACAGCACGAGAUCGACGGCCAACUAUCGGGAUCAACCUGUUAGCAGCGCGUCUCCGCCGACCCGGGACAAGCUCCGCGCCGAGGACAAGGCCAGACGCAGGAUGAAUCAGCAGGGCGAGCGGACCGGCAGCAUCAUCGGCGACACGGCGGGCACAGCCUCCGGUGAGAAACUAGACGACGAUACGUGUCGGAGGAUACUGCUGGAGCACGAGCGGGAAAGAGAGGGAAAACUGCGGGACAUUGCCGCCUCGUUGACACAACCGCGAGUCAGGAGAAUCAAGCCGAGGACUUCGGAGCCGACCAGGGAUGUCGUGGACGCCGUCAACUCUCAUCAAGAUAAACUCAUCCGAGGCGAUCCCGACGGUUGCGGCCUCGACAUUUCCGGUAUCAGGUAUUCGCCCACCUCCGAGUUGCGAGUCGAUUUGCCGGCGGAGGAUUUGCUGAACAUCAAGAAGGGCUGGCUCAUGAAGCAGGGAUUGAAUAAGGAAUGGAACAAGCACUGGUUUGUUCUGAGAGGCUGCGGACUGAUGUACUACAGGGAUCCCUGUGCGGAGGACAAGGGCAUCAUGGACGGCGUCAUAGACCUCAACACUGUCACCGCGGUCACGUCGCUCCAGGUUGCGAGGAACUAUGGAUUCCAGACUGUCGCCUGGGACGACAGAGGUAGCACGGUGCUGUCCGCGGUGACCGCCGGCAUCAGAUCCAGUUGGAUGUCAGCUAUCAGAAGAGCGGCUAAUCUGCCUGAUCCUGACAGCAACGUAGACUCUCUCGCCGUUUGCCCCGACACUCAGCAAGAGCCGAAUCCGCAGUCUCCUACAACGUCUAUCGCGGAUCGCGAAAGGGACUCCGUUGUACCCUCGGCGUCCAUCACCCCCAGGUCGGUUCUAUUCUCCUCCGAUGAGGAAUAUAGAACCGCGUCCGAGGGUGGGCGCAGGGAGUCCGGCGACUGGUCAGAGAUGCCGGUGUCACCGCCGCUCGUGAGGAACGGGGACUGGCCUAUCGCAAUGAAGGGUUCCGGUUGGUCUGACACGACGAACCACGAAUGGUCGGAACUGCCGCCUUCGCCGCCGCUGACGAGAACCGCGUUGUCCAGGGUGAAAGCGCGAUCCAGAUCAAGCUCAAGAUCGAGGGUCUACAAAAGAAGCCGCAGCUCACCCCCGAGUUCGCGUAGAAGCACUCUGGACAGUGUAAGAUCAGAGGAUCUGAUGAUGGCCUGCUGCGAGCUUGGUGAGGAUGAGGAGCAGAGCAAUGGCCAUAUGCAGAGCAACAGCUGCCUCUCGAGCGCCAAUGAUAGUCCUCUGAUCGUCGAGCUGCUGGAGAAUCAGGUGUCAUUGCUGCGCGAUCAGCUUGAUCAAGAUCAGUCGCAUCCGAGCACGUUACUAGUCAUUGUCGAGCGUCAGGAGAACGAAAUCGAGAGCUUGAAAUCGCAGUUGAAUGCGGCGCGAACGGACAUUGCGAGCGCGGAGAAAGAACUCUCCCGACUCAGACAGCAGAAGGCAGAGGCGUCCAUUAGGGAGAAGCAGGUAGAGGAAUUGCUGAGCACGAUACAGAGGACCGAGCAACAGAGGAGCAAAGACCUGGACGAUUUGGAGAAGAUGAAGAAGAUGUACAGCAGGGAGAAGGAGAUGUUGGAGUGCAAGCUGCUGGAGACAGAGGCUAUCCUGCGGGAAACGACGGAAAGAUGCGAGAUGCUGACAAACGAGCUGACAUCGAGUCACAGAAGCGUUGAGCAUCUGCAAGCGGAAGUGACAGCGCUCGGCGACAGAUUGUCACAAGGUAUCGAGGAAAACGAGCGGCUUUACAAUAAAGUAAGAGAACUAGAGAAGGGUGGGCUUUCCGCGUCGAGGGAACGUGGCAGAAGCUUUGAUUCGCUCAGCGAUUUGACCAACAUUGAGUUGGACUUGGACUUAACUGCAUUGGACAAGGAAAGGAUCAUGGAGGAGUACGACGAGUUGCGCAACCGUUUCGAGAAGGCAGUCAUGGAGAUUCGAGCUAUGAGAAGGGAGCUGCGAGAGGCACACGCUACGCAGGAUGUAUUGGAGUUGGAGAUUUUCGCUCACAAACAGGACGCAGCCAGCGUCAGUGAGACUAAUCAAGCGCAGAUUCAGCUAAUGGCGGCGAGAAUCCAGGACUUGACCAACAAGCUAGCGGCGAGCGAGAAGCAAGUCAGGACGUUGAAGCAGAAGCUGACGAAGGCAGAGAGCAGAGACAAGAGGAGAUCGCUCUCCCUCAAAGGACGAGAAUCCUUCCAGAUCUCUCAAGAAGUGGAGGAUAAGCUGUUGGAUCUAGAGAACAAGAUCUGCGCCAUAGAGAGGAGCAAGAGCAUCAGUGCUCCCGUUUCGGCGGGCAGCAGCUCAAAAGAAUCGAGUCCUAAUCCGAAGAAGGAAAAGAGACGAGAAAGCAAAAACCUAGAUCGGGCUAGGCUGCGACGGAAAUCGUUGGACAGCGCGACGAGCUCCGAACCGAUGAAAGUGCUGAUCAGAUUGAGUACUCUUGAGACGAAAGUGGCGAACGUCGCCGAGAACAUGGCUAGCGACGCGGAGAAGGACUCGAGCGAGUGCAGUGAAGUCAGCGGGUCGUCCGAGAUAUCAUUGGAGGUAAUGGCGAGGUUGAAGAAGCUAGAGAGGGUGGUGUCGAAGUCGAAGCGACGGCUAGAGAAGUGCUUGGGCUCGACGCAGGCGGAGGACAAGGCCGAGAAGUGUUUGCGCGACGUGAACGAGAUAUUAGAUUCUUGCUUAGAGUGUAAGAAGAACCAGGCUAGCGCUCAGGUCACCGAGUCAGUAGGAGUAGUGGUAUCUAGGGUAGAGACUAUACUUAAGGACAAACUGAGCGAACUCACGAGGAGACGGCAGCUGUUGGCACAGGAGGGUCGGCUGGACGAAAGGGAGAAGAUGAAGCUGGUCGCUGAGAGGAUCGCCUUCGAGUCGGUGAUUCUGCGGCAGAUAAAGUGCGCGCUGAACCGCACGACAGACAAAAGCGCCGUUCUGAGUGAAUUGGUCGAAACUAGUCAGCUUGCCUCAAGCUUAAAGCGUAAGAUUCACGGAACUAAGCCCAAAACCUACCAAAACACGAGUUACAUACAGUAUCUCACUAAGGUGUUAGCGAAUAAGUUAGUUCUGAUAGGAGGACACGCCGCCGCAGCGUCGACGAUGAUAACGGAGACGCCGAAGGAGAUCAAUGCGGCCCGCAGCGAGAGCUUAAACUUUCUGCUGCAGAAGCAGCGCGAGAUCAAUGACCUCGUGCAGAAAUACCAAGACACGAAGCUGCGACAGCUUGCCGAAGCCUUGGCCGCUGAGACGUUGAGUCUGUCCGAACAGGAAGAUCUCGCGGGCAAGCAGAUUGCCAGUUCCGGCAAGAAACUCCUCGAGGACAGACGUAUUCGUGAGGCGUGGGCCCUGGCGCAAGAGACCGUGAGCAAGGAGCUCGUACAGGCUGAAGUGUCUCACGUCAUCAUGCGCUACGGACAGUUGUACGAGCAGAAUGUCACGUCGAUCGCGGACGCUUGUCUUAGCUUCGACAGCGCAGAUAACGUCAAGCUGGAAUCCUGGAUAGACGCGGCACAAGCGCGACUGCGCCAGGAGUUGGAGCUCUCUGUACACGAGCUAUCGGAGACUUAUGAGGAAUGCCUGCGCGUAAUGAAGAGAAACAAGUCGAUAACGACGAUCGAUCCCAAGCACGAAUCCCGCCAGCUACUGACCGACUACGUCGACGUGAUCGCGCACAAAGCUUUAAUAGACUCCAGGAUCGCCCUGCUUCAGGAGACCACGCGGCAAUCGGGCACGAUAUUUUACGGCGAGACUUUCGUAUCUAGUCUUAUUCGAAACGAAGAGAUUCUCUCCUGUCUUGCGAAUGACGAAGGGUGGGACUUCCAGAGCAACUCGAUCCUCGACGCGGAGUAUAGUUAUCUAUAUCAGCGACUGAGCAAGGAAUGCGAGGACAGGGUAACUGGGAAAUGGGAAUCAAAGGAGCAGCUGAAGAGUGUUAGUCAAUCGUUGUUCCACCUGGAGGAGGACCUUGCCGAGCUCAGCAAGUGCAUGAGGGAUAGAACGGGCCGGAACGAUGGUGUCAUUUGGUCCAAAUCGACAGGCAGUAUGACGGAUUGGCCGGGCGUGUGCGAGAAGUGUUUGCACUUGCGGGAACAAAUAAGAAAACUGAGCGAUUACAUGAGCAAGGCAUCGUGUCAGACGUGCAGUCAGCUGCAGGAGACCAUACAGAGGAUAACCACCGAGCACAAUCGAGAGCUAGAAAUGCUCAAGCGCAAUCAAGAGAGAGAUCUGAUGGACAUCAAGGGUGAACUGGACAGUCAGCGUCAAUCCCUGACGACGCAGUACGAGCACGAGGCAGCCAGCUUGCGCGAGAGAGCUAGGAAACUGGAGCAUCGUCUGAACGCGAUGGAUUCGGAGCAUUCGGCCCACGUAAACGAGCUCAGGGCCGCCUACCAGCGGUCGAUAAGCGCCGAACUGGACACGGAUGCUGAAACGCGCAAACGAUACAAGGAGGAAAUCAAGCAGCUGCGUGCAUUAUGCGAGAAGGGCCUGUUGGCCAUGGAGAACUCACACAGACGCAUCAUUGCUGAGAUGGAGGAGAAGCACCGGCAGGAGCUGGAAAACCUGCGGGUGGAGAAGGAACAAGCGCUCUCCGAGGAGACGCAGGCAACGUUGGCUGCGUUGGACGCUAUGCGGAAGGCGCACGAGCACGAGGUGCAGAAAGAGAUCGCCAAGUUCAAGCAAGAGUUCAUCAAACAGAUGCAGGCGCGCGAGGAUAUUGGAGUGUUGCACAAGGAACACGAAGAAGAGAUGGAAGAGAUCAAGCAAGAGAUUCUUUCCCUGUCCGCGAAGUACUCGUCCAAGUGCGUGGAGUCGGCCGCGUUGGAGGAGAAAGUGGGCAACCUGUCGAAGCAACUCGCCCAGGCGCAACAGCACAUCAUGCAACUGGACGCGAGGAACAAGCAGCUGAGAGCGCAUCUAGUGCUGGAGACGAACGAUACCGCCAAUACUGGCGAUGCCAUGCAGAUCCUGAGGUGCAGGGACAACGAUUUGGUCGAACCGAGGGAGGAGAUGCACCGACUGCAACAGCAAUUCAAGCAUGGGGACACCCCUCGUGAAUCGUCCGGUGUGCUGUCGAAAGCCGUCCCGUUGCUAGACUACUCGCCUGCCUACUCGCCGACGCGCCCUAGGUGCAGCCAGGUUGCCGGUGAGUCGAGAUUAACGGGCGAACGGAAUCCGAGAACGGCGAGCUUGCGGUCCGGCGUGUUGCAAAAACCGUCCCCGUUGGCGGAUCGGCCACAGAGCGCGUUCUCGUACAGACUCGAGCGCGUAAAGUCCGUUUCGUUGCCGUACUCGAGUAGUCUGGCUAGGCCGGCGAGUAGCGCCGGCGUUCCCGGCUCGCACGUUGACGAGAAACAGGCGAGCUUAGAGCAAAAGGGUCAGGAACGUAACAACAGCAAUCUGGGCUCGUCGUUGUGGGACAGCUUGAGACCGAGGAGCGGCCUGCCUCAUCAAUAUCAAGGUAGCACAACAGCAACAGAGAUGCGAGUCGGCGGCGGCGCUGGUGGCCAGCGGUGGCAGGAGGCCGGCAAGCAGAAUGAAAAGCACCAGCUCCCGGAGGCAUACACCCUCCGUGCCGACGCUCGUCGCGCAUCCCGCCUCACCCCGGAACCCGCAGCUCUCUCCGUUGCAGAGCUGAUGAGGUCUCCACCAGUGAGGUGGUCCAGCAGAAGCUGUCGCAGCCUGCCUCCGACGCCCACGCCGAGUUACCAUCAUCCGCUACAUCCUCCUCUACCCGCCAUGGGCAUGGUCGCCGAGAGGAAGAAACGUUUCGAGCUCUGAAUUCCCGUGCUUUCUUUCUCGUAUUUUUUUUUGCGUGACACGGUCAACGAUCGCGAAAUUAACACGUGCGCAUACGUCGACUACAUUAUGUACAUUCGAUCACGAUCAUAUUCGAAGCAUAUCUUGAAGAAGACGAGUAGAAUUUAAGCAGUACAGCGGACAAUAAAUAAAAAUAUCGGGUCCUAUUAACGAUAUUAAAAAAUAUAUUAUAUUCGUAUAUGUACGUGUGUAUGUGUGCGCGCGCUAUUUUACUAUGCGCUUCUCCGUUUUCUGAAGCCGUAAGACUGAAAGCGUUUUGAUAUCACCGCCCAUGGACCAAUAGACGAAUGAAUCUUCGACGAAGUGCUCGGCACGACCGACCAUUCGGACAAUAUCCGUGUCCGCGAUUUGCAAGGGCGCGAGUCGCGGUCCCGCCACUGUCGUACGAGGAUCGCGUGAGGCUCGGACGAUUCUUGACGGACCAAAGCAUGGAUCGCAUGCUCGAUCGCCACUCGUCGUGAGUAUUGAGCGUGUUUAUCAGGUAAACACGAUUCAAUAACCGAAACGAGUCCCGAUUGUUAGAGGAGGACGGAUUCGCGCGAUCACCCUCCUCCUCGGCGGUACGAAAAACCGCGUCGAGAGACAGAAAGACAGAGAGCAAGAGAGAGAGAGAGAGAGAGUUUAUUGCGGCCAUCGAUCGCGAUAGGUCGCUUUUUGACGGAACUUUUCGAGAACAAAUUUUGCUAUGCGCGUUUUGCUCGCGGCUGCGACGCGCUUGCGGUCCGCCGUAACUUUGAUAUGAUGCGUUUAGAUUUUGAUAAGGGAAACUUUUCUUCUUUUUUUUACCGUAGAUUGCGAGUAGGCCUUUUGCCACGAUUGGCGUUCCGCGAGUGUCGAUUCCCAGACGCGUAUUUUCGGGCAUUAUUCAUCGCAAAAAUUCUGGUACGCGCGAGGUAUAUAUAUUCUUCACGUUGUACUUUUGGUGC